CAAUUCUUACUCUUUGCUUUGAGAGGUUGUUACCCACAGCUGCAGAAGUGUGCCAACCUGUUACAAAUCCAGAUGACAGAACCAACAUACUACACUGAGAGCACAGACUCAGCAACUUUUUAUUAUGAUGACCCAGUCGGUAACUGGUGUAAUAUGGAAGACAUUGUCAGCCUUAGUGCUACAUUUAGUAGUGUCCUGUACUCGUUGAUUUUUCUUUUGAGUCUGCUAGGAAACAGCCUUGUCUUGUGGAUCAUCAUGAAAUACGAAAACCUCAUGUCCUUAACAAAUCUCUUCAUCAUGAAUCUGUGCAUCAGUGACUUGGCCUUCUCUUGCACACUGCCUUUUGGGAUUGUGUCUAAUUUCUAUGGAUGGAUAUUUGGUCCUUUUCUCUGCAAGGCUGUAAAUGCCAUCUUCUCUGUCAGCUUCUAUGGCGGUGUGAUCUUGCUAACCAUAAUGACAAUUCUCCGGUACCUGGCUGUGGUAGAUCCCUUGUCAACACUGAGAACUCAAACAAGAAGAUGUGGUGUUCUGGCGAGCCUGGCCAUUUGGACCAGCAGUAUGUUAGUUGUGGUCCCUGAAGUAAUUUUUACUGAUCUAAUACCUAAAGGUGGCAAACAGCAUUGUGAAUAUAUAAAUGAUACAUGGAAACUGGUGGAGAUGUCCCAGCAAAUAGUUUUCUUUCUAGUUUCCUUCAUUACCAUUGCAAUUUGCUACAUCAAGAUACUUAAGAUUCUGCUUAGAUCAAGGUCUCAGAGGAGGCACAGGACUGUGAAACUCAUAUUCACUAUUGUGCUAGUCUUUUUCUUGUGUUGGGGACCUUUUAAUGUGCUUUGUUUCCUGCAAGUUUUGUCUUCUUGGAGUAUAAUCAAGCUGUCCUGUCAAAGCCGCAGACUUGUUUUCUUUGCAUUCGAUAUUAGCCGCAAAGUAGCCUUUUGCCAUUGUUGCCUCAACCCAGUGCUAUACGUCUUCGUUGGAGUGAAAUUCAGACGGCAUCUGAAACUCCUGUACAAGCAGUGCUCUCCAUUCCACAGCAAGACCCAACCCUCCAGCCCUAGAAUUCAUUCUUUUCACAUGGGCCCAUAUGAAGAUGCAUCCAUGUACUAAAUGAGCCUGAAUGAUACAGCCAGCCUAAAAGAAAUACACACAGCUCCUCUUGAUUUCUUCACAGAAAAGAAAAUGAGAAUUCAGAUUAACAUUACUCAUCUCUUUUGCUUUGGACAUGACUUUUCCAAAAGCUGGACCACGUUUUUCUCUGUCUUUACUUGUGCUAAAAUGUUUAUAUGCUUGCAGAACUAUAAGUGAAAGGAAAACAUAUCUGUUUUCAUUUAGAAUAAAUAAAAUGUAUUUUUAAUUAAUUAAAUCUUGCUUUAAUCUCUGAAAUGUAACCAUUUAGGUGUUAAGGAACUGAUAUAUAGAAAACUUGGCAUACCAGUACAGCUGUUUUUAUUCUGUGAUUGAGGUUUGUGUAGUUAGUCACUUUCGACACCUCCAAAAUGGGGCAAAUGGGAUAUAAAAUUAAAAAUAAAAACAAAUGUCAGAUGCCAUUUUAUAUAUUUAUUUAUAUCUAUGUUAACUGCUUUGGAAACUUUUGUUGAAAAGUGGUAUAUAAAUAUUUGUUGUUGUAUUGUAUGUAGCUUUUGCCAUAUAUGCAGUUACAUAUUUGACCAAACAAAGCUACAUUUGUGAAGCUGUGCUUGUAUUUUCCAUGCAAAACAGGACAUAAUUUUGUCUAUAUAUUGUUUAUAUAUUGGUACAUCUGAAUGCAACUUUCAUUCUUUAAGACUUUUAAAUGUGGAUUUGACUUCAAUCAAGGAGGAGGAAAUUUGGAACAGAAUGGUUGAAGUGUAGGCUAGGGUUGUAAACCCACCCAAUAUUGGAAAAAUAUUGCCCCCCCCCCAUAGUUUCAUUCGGAAUUGGAAACCCUAUUGUGGAUUACACCAAUUAAAAACCUGCAACUAUUUUUGCAAUAUAAACUCUUCAAGCAGUUAUUUGCUACAGUUCAGCAGUAAUACAAUGUGUGUACAGUUGGCCUCAGAUCCACAGUGAUUAUAAUAUUUUAGAGCAACACUUUUGUAUUAUAAAUCUGGAGCACUAUAAUAAUAUAGAAACUGUCUUUAUUGCUGAUUUUAAAGCAUAUUCAAUCUGUGUAGCUUUCAUAAUAGUACGUGAGGUUUUUAAAAUGUCUUCUUAAGUAUAAUUAACAGUUGUUUGAAAAAAGUACCCAUAAAUAUGUUGCAUUGAUUGUUCUUUGUUCCUAAUCAAGUGGCUAAUAAAACCAAAAAAUGCAUGUGA